UAUGUAUAUAUAUAUCUAUAUCUAUAUAGAUAUAGAUAUAUAUGUAUGUAUUUUUAUUAGGCCUUCACUGAAGGCUUUCAGGCCCUCACGGUACACCAUUGCUUACAUGUUUUUCUCAAAUCAGUUGCAGUCAGUUUGCAAAGAGUAAAUAUGGAUGUGUAUGUAGUCUUACUUUAAAAUUACACAAGUUUUUUUUUUUUUUUUUAAUUUUGCAAAGAGAUGAAAAAGCACCAUGUUUUAAAUUGACUUUAUUUAUUAAAAGAAAGCAACACAUUUCUGUUUUCCAAAUAGAUGAAUGCGACACACUACACAUGCAGGGUGAGCUGCAUGUGUUUCUAAGUUUACCAGCACACCCUCACUUUAAAGCUAUUCCCAGCGUUCCCUCUAUAGCCAGUCAAGUUCAUCUAUAUCUGUAGACGAAGCAGAAUAUUAGAUUACAUGAGACGUACUAUUACAAACUUUAAGCCCCACACAAGUUGGGCAAAGAGACAAAUACAUGUUUGGACUAACCUGGAAUACUUUGAUGAUUCAAGCAGAUGGUCGUGCUCGAUGUGUUAAUUAUAGGGGGAGGCCCUCAUGCUCUGACCUUGGCCAGCUUGCUGUCCUCUCCUGAAACUGACACGAGCUCUGACCGUGGACAUGACCCACUCCUCACCCCCUGCAGCUCAGAACCCCAGAAGUUUCUGCAAAAAACAGAACUAUCAAGGAAUAAUGGCUCUAAUGGCAAGAGGAAAAAGAAGACAACACCUGGGCAUCAUUACACACAAGAGCAACAAUCAAAGUCAAGCAUCCAAGAGUCUGUUUGCCUCCCUCUCAGUUUCCAAGUGGUUGACACAUAUGGGGAAUGGGCAGCCCUGUGGGAGAGCCAGUUUGCAGCUCUGAGCAUCCCUCACCUGCGCUCACAUGCACUGGUGCACACGGACCCUUUUAAGAAGACUGCACUCCAGGAGUUUGUUGUCAAGCAUGAGCGUUCAGAGGAGCUUCACACUCUUCCAGACCGAGUCUACAUCUUGGAUAAAAACACUUACUUUAAUGACAUGCGGCUCGGCAAGAAGGAGAAGAAACGUCUGCACCUGCCUUCAUCACUGAAGAAGAGUGUGGCUUUCAGUUUGCCAGGAACAAAACUGAGUAUGGAUUUCUUUAAGGAUCAGGUACAGAGAUACAAGUUGGACAAAGUGUUGGUGAAAGACACCGUGGAAAACAUAAUUCCUGUGAUCGUGGACAACAGAGACAUGGAAGAAGAUCAGGCAAAUCACGACCAGGCCAGCAGAGAAUCUGGAAGGAGCGUAGGGAAGAGAGUGAAGUACUUUAAAGUUCAACUUCAAGAAGGUGGCGUUGUAAAAGUCUGCCGUGUUGUGAUGGCGACUGGUCCUACUCGAGCACAGAUGGCAAACAUCCCGGCAUGGGUGCAAAACAUAGGAGAGAGCUACCCGGAGGAGUCUUUGCAACACACGGUCCAUCUCAUGCACCGGCAGCCAAACUCUCAGCAAAAACUCAAAGGAGAAAACUCUCUACAUGCAUACUGUAUGUGUUUGGGGUUGUUUGUAGUGUGUGAGGCAGGGCAGAGAAUAAUGGUAGUUGGUGGAGGUCUGACCAGCGCCCAUGUCGUCUCAGUUGCCCUGCAGCAAGGGGCCAGCCAUGUGACAUGGGUCAUGAGAAAGCACCUGCAGCUGAAACAGUUUGACGUGGGCGACGUGGAGAGCCUGGUGGGUCGUUACUCCCAUGUGGAGCAUGGCAUUAAGAUGGACGGUCAGGCAUACCUGCGGCAGUUCUACAAUGAACGGAGUCUCCACAAAAGACUGGCUAUGAUUGGACAGGCUAGGAAAGGGGGCGCCGUCACCCCAGAGGCUUACAUCCAACUGCAGCCAUUCAUACUGAGCGGGCAGGUGGAAGUGAAGACAUACUGUCAGGUGCAUGAGGCCAGAUGGUGCUAUAAGAACCAAGCCUGGAGUCUGUCUCUCAGCACCGGGGACUGCUGGACUGGAGAUAAAAUCUGGCUUGCCACAGGCUGCAAGUUAGAUGUCAAUCAAGACCCAUUACUUACUGAGGUUAUGAAGGAAUUUCCGGUUCAGGUUUUAGAUGGGUGGCCAUGCAUAACGGAAAGCUUAAAAUGGUCAGAGGGAUGCCCUCUCUACCUGAUGGGACAGUAUGCCGCUCUUCAGAUUGGACCUCAUGCAGUGAACCUGGCUGGUGGACAGGCUGCCAGCAUGCGAAUCACUGAAGACAUUCUGCGAUGUGAGCUGCAGAGCACCAGAGAAGCGUUUGAUUUGAGGGGAAACAAAUCAACAACUGAGGAUUAUAUUCAACAAAUGCAAGGACUGUUUUGGCUUUAAUGCCAAUAUUUACCCCAAGAAUCGAAUCGUACUGUUGAGAAUCCAUGCAUGUAUUUUCAAAACUGCUCAGGGUCACAAAAGAUUUGGAGCCAAAUCCAGCUGUCAUAUGUGGAAAAACCAGGACACACCUCGGACAAUCUGUCACGACUUGAAUAGAAUCAAGUUUCACCACCCUGACUGACUCAUAAGGGUUGCUGGAGCCUAUCCCUGCUGUCUUUGGGUUAAAACAGAGUAUGGUACACCCUUGUUUCUAAAAAAAACCCACUCCAAUGAAAAUUGCAUUUCGGGUGUUUUUGUCAUGUUUUUGAAGCAUUUUUGUCAUGAUGGACAUAUAUAAAGAAAAUUAAGAUGCAUUUUUGAGUAUUUCUUUAUUCAACUAGCUUUUUCAUUGUCUUAAUUUACACAUUUAAAUAAAAUUUCUACAAUCCCUACUUUGUUGUAUGUUUUUCUGCAGGGUUUUUCCAAAUGGGAGUAUGAAUGUAAACUAUAUACUUUUGAGUGUAAUAAUAUAACUUUUGGUCUUGUUUCUAGUCCUGGUUUGUUUCUACUGGCCACUAGCUCAGUGUGAACAAGCUAUUGUAUUAUUCUUAAAUAUUCAAAUAAAACUGACAUGAUG